AUGGCUGCAGAAGACUUGAUCGACCUCUUGAACAAAUAUUCCUGGUCGUCAAAACAUGAGUUCACACUAGACGAGUUCCUGAACAAGUAUAGGCCGUCUAUGGUGCAGAAUGAUGGAACGAAACCGUGGAUCUGGGUUAAUGGUAGCAAGGGACGUGAUUUUGAUGCGGAAGCACAAAACGCAGCAUGCGAAGAGGGCGCACAGUACUUGAACGAGGUCACUGCGCGUGUAGAAGAGAUCAAGAACGAUCCGUCGAUUCCAGUACGAUCGAAUAAGAAAACUGGUGCCAAGAGUAAAAAGGAAUUGCGCGAACAGGUCCAAGCCACUGCUACGGAAAAGCUCAAGGAGAUAUCCCUCAAACAUAAAUAUGUUUGUGGCAAAUGGCUUGUUUUUGCUGCCGCUGACAAGGUAGAUGUGAUUUGGAAGGGAAUUGCCACUUCCCUAGUUUCUGGACCGUUGGCCGAAACCUCAGCGUUCCAAGCCAAAGUGGCCACAUCUCCUCAAGAAGAGAAUCCUAACUACCAGCAUGUCAUCUGCGUCUACAUGCCAGAUGUGUAUGACAAGGAUGCUGCAACGAAGGUUAUGCGAGUUCUCCUCCGAAACCAUGGGUUGAACUUGUCCGGCGUCAAGUCUGAUAUGUACACAUCCUUAGGCAUUGAUAGCAAACAUCCUAGUGGGAUACCAUCUACGGCAAGUGCUAUAUGGAAGAAUACGAGUCUCAUGAAGGAUGCCGAGAUUAAGGAAUUGAAGGAGGCCUUCUUCGCCGAACUUUCCACUGCGAAACCGAAGGCCACGGAGGACAAGGAACAGAAAGGCGCGUCGGGGGACGAGGAGAAAACACACAUAGGAGGCUCGUCAACCAAGAAAGCUACUGCAAAGCCGGGACCUAAGCUGAAGAAAAAGGUCGCUGACGAUCCUUUUGCGUCUGACAAUGACGCCGAUGAGCAGGCUGAGAACACAAAGGCAGACUCGAAGGUUGGAGAGAAACCGAAAGCAGUAGCCGACAAGAAGAUUGCUGCAAAACCUGCGCCUAAACUUAUGAAGAAAAAGGUUGUUGAUGACGACUUUGCCUCCGAUGAUGAUAUGGAUGAGGAAGAAGCACCAAAGGCAAAAGCGAAGGGGAAGAAGAGCACCGUGGUGAAGAGACGCAAAUCAUUUUCUGACGAUGAUGAGGACCUAGACGAGCGUCGGAAGAAACCUCGUGGCAAGAAGUGA